CUCGGCCGCGGGCCCCGCCGGCCGGGCCGCCCCCUCCCCGCGCGGGCGGGCAGCGCGCGGCCGCUCCCCCUCCCCCUCCCGCCUUUCUUCUCCUCCCUCGCCGCCGCCGCCGCCGCCUCAGCUUUCGCCUCAGCCGCCGCCGCCGCCCGCUCCCGCCCGCGCGUGGCGGGAUGGACGAUCAAUCCAGGAUGCUGCAGACUCUGGCCGGGGUGAACCUGGCCGGCCACUCGGUGCAGGGGGGCAUGGCCCUGCCGCCUCCCCCGCACGGCCACGAAGGGGCGGACGGCGACGGCAGGAAGCAGGACAUCGGCGACAUCCUCCACCAGAUCAUGACCAUCACCGACCAGAGCUUGGACGAGGCGCAAGCAAAGAAACAUGCUCUGAACUGUCACAGAAUGAAACCCGCGCUCUUCAGCGUCCUGUGUGAGAUCAAAGAGAAAACAGGUCUCAGCAUCAGAGGAGCCCAGGAGGAGGACCCUCCCGAUCCCCAGCUAAUGAGACUGGACAAUAUGCUUUUGGCAGAAGGGGUUUCAGGUCCUGAGAAAGGUGGGGGAUCGGCGGCAGCAGCUGCAGCCGCGGCAGCCUCUGGAGGUUCUUCAGAUAACUCUAUUGAACACUCAGAUUACAGAGCCAAAUUGACCCAGAUCAGACAAAUCUAUCACACAGAACUGGAGAAAUAUGAACAGGCGUGCAAUGAAUUCACCACACAUGUGAUGAACCUUCUCCGAGAACAGAGUAGAACGCGUCCCAUUUCCCCAAAAGAGAUUGAAAGAAUGGUGGGCAUCAUCCAUCGAAAAUUUAGUUCUAUUCAGAUGCAGCUCAAACAAAGCACUUGUGAAGCAGUUAUGAUUUUAAGAUCAAGGUUCCUUGAUGCCAGACGGAAAAGGCGUAACUUCAGUAAACAGGCCACGGAAAUCUUGAAUGAAUAUUUUUACUCACACCUCAGCAAUCCCUACCCCAGCGAAGAAGCCAAAGAGGAGCUGGCCAAGAAAUGCAGCAUCACAGUGUCACAGGUGUCCAACUGGUUUGGCAACAAACGAAUCAGGUACAAGAAGAAUAUCGGCAAGUUUCAGGAAGAAGCCAACCUCUACGCUGCGAAGACAGCUGUAACGGCUGCACACGCAGUAGCCGCCGCUGUGCAGAACAACCAGACCAACUCACCCACCACACCAAACUCGGGUUCUUCUGGUUCUUUUAACCUCCCAAAUUCUGGGGACAUGUUCAUGAACAUGCAGAGUCUGAAUGGGGAUUCUUACCAAGGGUCCCAAGUCGGAGCCAAUGUGCAAUCACAGGUGGAUACCCUCCGUCAUGUUAUCAAUCAGACGGGAGGCUACAAUGAUGGCCUUGGAGGAAAUUCGCUGUACAGUCCACAUAAUUUAAAUGCUAAUGGAGGCUGGCAGGACGCAACGACUCCAUCUUCUGUGACUUCUCCCACGGAAGGCCCAGGCAGUGUGCACUCGGAUACCUCUAACUGAUCUCUGGCCACACUCUCCCCGGGCUGCUCUGCCUUGAGAAGUGCAUUCACAGCAAUAGGAGGAAAAGGAAUGCGGUUUUUGUAGCCCACCAUCUACAGCUUUACUGUAAAACCUUAUCUUAUUAGAGAACUGGGUAAAUCUGUUUUUUAAGGAAUCAUAAUCAUUUGUAUUUAUACUGAAAAACACAAUGUUUUAAAAAAGAAAAAAAAAGCACUUUAUCCAAUUAGGCCAAGAAUUCACAUUGUUGACAGUCCUGUAGCUAUUUUAUCAUAAUUUAUUAUCAAUAUUUUACACUAAUGGUUUCACAGUUGCCAAUUACUUGGCCUUAAGGGUAAAAAGUACAGUAUGGCUUCACCCCGGUCACUGAAGCCGCUGCGGAGCCCCGGCCUGCGCGCACGC